AUGUCGGCCACUAUCAACUCCAUAGUCAUCGACACCGAUCAAUUCUUUCCCAGCAUCUUACAAUCCUAUGAAAAGGAAGAACUCACCCCUUGGGUUUUCAAACAUGCUGACUCUGCCGAUCUCUUCUGUGUUGAUCGCUGGCCCGAAGAAGAGUCAAAGGAGUUCCAAGAAGCCUUCCACCUCUUCAACUCGUAUGUCUCCGAGGCUAACCUCUUCGACGCCUCCCUCGCCGAGCCCGACCCCCUUCAAGCCUACUAUCCCGAAAGCCAACCCUAUGUAUCCUGAUCGCAUCGAGCCGGGCUUGCUGGAAGAUGUGGUGGGGAGAGAGG